UAAUCCAGUAAAUCGUCAAUUCAAUAAACUUUUUCAAAUAAACCCACAUUAAAGCAGUGAGAAAUAAACAUAGACACAGAUAUUUGUGCAUUAUCAAUGUAAUAUAAAAAAGACUCGCAUAUAACUACAUAUUAGGAACAUAUGCAUAUCUAUGUACUAUAAUAUAUUUGUAUUGGAAUCAAAUCGCAUCAAAUUAGUUUCAAGUGUGGCCAUGCAAAGUGGCCUGAAACGUCGUCGCACGGCUUAAUCGUUUAAUUCGCUCGCGGGGCUGUCCGGCUGUCCCAUAAACACAUACAAAACAAAUCAAUUGAAAAUUGCUGCGAUAAGUAAUUGAUUUUCGUGAUAAAUCGCAUUGGGCGAUAUCGGUUAAUUAGUCUCUGUGCGACUGCUUUUCGAAAUAGGCCGAAGGGAUACCCACACACCUAAAGCAGAGCCCCAAAAUGAAACUCUUUGCCAAUCAAAAUCAGCGCAAUGCAAAGCUGCUGCGACGCGCCGCUCUGGGCAUGACGCUGCUCUUCUUUGGCGCACUCAUACUGCUGACAGAUCCUUUGAAGCGCAUUGUUGAUUGGCAAUUGACCCUGAGUCCCAACACCAUCCUCUUCACACUGUGGAAGUUCCCGCCGAUCGAUGUGUUUAUCAUGGUCUAUAUGUUCAACUACACGAAUGUGGACGAAUUCAUUGCGGGCACCGAUGCCAAGCUGAAAGUAGUGGAGGUCGGCCCAUAUGCCUACCAGGAGGUGCUGUCGAACCACAACAUAACCCUGAACGAGGCCAACAACACCGUCACUUAUACGCCGCGUCGCGAAUACAUCUUCGUGCCGGAGCGUUCGGUGGGUGACCCGAAGGUGGAUCGCAUACGUGCGCCCAACAUUCCCUACAUGGGCGUGUCCACGCAGGCGGCUCGUCUCUCCAUGUUCGCAGCGCUGGGAUUGAGUGCCUUGACCAAGCGUCUGAACUCGAAGCCCAUGCUUGAGAUGAGUGUGCACGAAUAUAUGUGGGGCUAUGAAGAUCAUUUGGUGCACUUGGCCUCCAAGUUUGUGCCGAGUCUCAUCGAUUUCCCUAGCUUUGGCAUCAUGGAGAAGCUCUUUCGCGAGGGUAACGAAAGCAACGUGGUCAACAUGAAUCUGCCGGAGCGUAGGGACAGGAAUGGAAUCAUUUUGCCCGGCUCGCCACGAGGCUACUCACUGAAUAGCAUCAAUGGAGAGCACGGAUUCAAGCAGUGGCAGUACGAAGAGGCUACCAACGGCACUCAGUGUAAUCGGUUCCGGGGUAGUCAUGAUGCGACGCUCUUUCCGCGCGACAUGAACGAGAACGAUACCUUUCUCAUCUAUCGGCGCACCUUCUGUCGUCUGCUGCCCAUGAAGUUCAAUCGCACUCUGAACUUCCGUGGGCUCCAAGGCCACGAGUUUGUGAUGGAGCCGACAGUGUUUGAUAGCGACCUGGACAAUGUGAACUCCUCGUGCUUCUGCAAAAGCAACCAGUGUCUGAAGCGCGGCGUGGGCAGUGUGGCGCCCUGCUAUUACAACAUGCCAUUGGCCAUUACUUAUCCACAUUUCAUGCACGCCGAUCCCAGUUUGUUGGAGCCUUUUGAGGGCCUAAAUCCAGACAAGUCCCGCUUUACUACCACCUUCACGCUGCAGCCGCAACUGGGUGUUCCACUGAACGCGCACGUACGUCUGCAGGCCAACCAGGUGGUGGGCGAGGUGAAGUUCAAUCGAUUGAUGUCUCCGUUCGAGAACAUGGUGCUGCCGCUCCUUUGGGUGGACCUUACAAUUGACAAUUUACCAUGGCCGCUGCGCAUUCUAAUCCACCUGCUUUUCACGAUCUGCCCCGUCUUGCAGUGGGCCAUAGCGCUGGGCAUGCUCGGUGGCGGGCUCUUCCAGCUAAGUACCGCACUACUGCUUUGCUUCUGGCCGCCAGCGCCGCGGAAGGUGGAGCAUAAAAAAGAAUUGACUGCCUCCUUGGCGCUUCCUAUUCUGCCACUUCUCAAGCAACAGCAGACUGAGGCAGUAGAGCCGGAGGAGCAGCACCUACUACAAAACGGCGAUUCCUAUAAGCUCGGACUCGUAUGAGAUUCAGCGACAGUCGUCGGAUGUUGCGAUGUCCUUACCUCAACUCAAAAGACGGGCCACCCAUCCAGGUGGUCCCACUGUGAUAUUAAGAGCUAAGCAGGAGCGUUGGUAUAAAUUACUUUUACUCACUGGAAACAACUUAGGGAACAUUUUAUGCUUACGUAAUAGUUAACGUUAACACGGUACUUCUUAACUAGGCUAACUACAUAAUGUACAGCUGAGUUAAUACGCUACAAUUACAAUCUACAUAUAACAUAAAAUAAAAUACAUGACAUAAUCAA